AUGCUACAAGAACCGACUUUAAAAAACCUAACAAACAACGAGUUCGGGAAGCCCCCUGACAAACAAAAUGCGAUACUUCACGAGCUGGGGGCCCACCACAUCGCCAGCUUCAACUACAUGAUAAAUGAGGGUUUAAAGAAGGCUAUAGCAGACUUAAACCCUGUGGAAUUUGUUGUAAACGAAAGAAAAGUUAGGUUAGAAGUGAAUGAUUUUAGUUUUGAAUCCCCUGAGGUGCCUUUGGGCACUAUAGGGGUAAGAAAUAGGUUGGUUUACCCUACGGAAUGUAGGCAACGGGCUGCCACCUACAAAGGUAAAUUUAUGAUUAGUGUUAGCUGGUUUUUGGAUGAUGUGCAACAGUUGUCGUUUGAAAAGGAUAUGGGUGAUAUACCAGUUAUGAUAAAGUCGAAUCGUUGUCAUUUGAAUUCUAUGACCCCCAAAGACUUGGUUAAGCAUGGGGAACACGAACAAGAAUGGGGUGGAUAUUUUGUGGUUAAAGGUCACGAAAGGAUAGUGAGAAUGCUUUUAAUGACUCGCAGAAACUACCCUAUAGCUAUAAAACGUUCAGGGUGGAAAAUGCGGGGGGCUUUGUUCUCUGAUGCAGGGGUUUCAAUACGAUGUGUCAAAGAUGAUCAAACUGCUACUAACAAUGUACUACAUUUUGUCACGGAUGGCAGUGCCAAAUUAAUGUUCAGCUACCGAAAAGUUCUGUAUUAUGCCCCCUUGUGCCUUAUAUUGAAGUGUUUUUGCGAUUUUAGCGAUCAAUACAUAUACCAAAAGCUUACACACGGUUUUGAGGAAGAUUUAUACUAUACAGAUGCUGUACAAAACAUGCUAAGAGGCUUGCACGUCGAAAAUCUGCACACCCAUGAAGAGUGCAAAGCCUACUUGGGCAAAAUGUUCAGGAUAAAGUUCUAUGAAUGUCCUGAAUGGUGGACUGAUAUAGAAAUAGGCGAAUUUAUACUGAACAAAUGCAUUUUGAUUCAUUUAAAUUCUGGGGAGGAUAAAUUCAACAUGUUGGUGUUUAUGACGCAGAAAUUGUUCGCUUUCGCGCAGGAUAAAUGCAAGCUGGAGGGGGCUGAUGCUGUCAUGAUGCAAGAGCUUUUAUUAGGUGGUCAUUUAUAUCUGCAAAUCAUCAAAGAAAAACUUCAAAACUGGCUGACAUCUCUGCGCUACAACAUAGCGAAGCAAUCGCAGAGCGCGUCGUUCUACUUCACGCAGCAGGACAUCCUCAAGGCCGCGAAGUUCGCAGGGUCCCUGGACAGGGUCCUCGAAAACUUCCUGGCCACCGGCAACGUCGCCAGCAGCUCCGGCCUGGGGCUGAUGCAGGACAAGGGCCUGACCAUCGUGGCCGAGAACAUCAACCGCAUGCGCUACAUGUCGCACUUCAGGGCUGUCCAUAGAGGCGCUUUCUUUCAGGAGAUGCGCACCACGGAAGCCAGGCAGCUGCUGCCGGACGCGUGGGGGUUCAUCUGCCCGGUGCACACCCCCGACGGCACCCCGUGCGGUCUUUUGAACCACCUGGCGUUGAGCUGUCGCGUCACGGAAACCCCCGACACCGCGCGACUUGACAACAUUCCGUUGGUGUUGACGGAGUUGGGGAUGGUACCUCUGAAGUUCUUCAGCACGCUGGACCUCAAAAAUUGGUACGUCGUCCAACUGGACGGCAGAGUAAUCGGUUACGUCGACAUCGACUACGCUAGAAAGCUCGUUGACGGUCUCAGGAUAUUCAAAAUUGAAGGAGUCAAGAUCCCGAGCACUCUGGAAAUAGUGCUGGUACCGAAAAAAGAUACCGUCACUCAGUACCCGGGUUUAUACCUCUUUACAGGCCCAGCAAGGAUGAUGAGACCUUUAAUAAACCUCCUCGCAAAAGAAAUCGAAUUGGUUGGCACUUUUGAGCAAGUCUACAUGGAUAUUUGUGUGGCCCCACAAGAAGCUUACCCAGGCGUUACAACCCAUAUGGAACUGUCGAAAACAGGUUUUCUCUCGAACUUGGCGAUGCUGAUUCCGAUGCCGGACUGUAACCAAUCGCCGCGUAACAUGUAUCAGUGUCAGAUGGGCAAGCAAACGAUGGGCUCGCCCUGUCACAACUGGGAUCUACAGGCGGAGACCAAGUUGUACAGGCUCCAGACCCCCGGGACGCCUUUGUUCAGGCCCGUGCAUCACGACAACAUCGCGCUGGACGAUUUCGCCAUGGGUACCAACGCAAUAGUGGCCGUAAUCAGUUACACGGGCUAUGACAUGGAGGACGCGAUGAUUAUCAACAAGUCCUCUGAUGAGCGCGGUUUCGCGCACGGCUCCAUCUACAAAUCGGAGUUUGUGGAGGUGGACCACCCCCACUCCUACUUCUGCAGGGACCCCAACAAGGAGAAUCUGUCCGAAUUCGUGGACACUGACGGUUUGCCGGUGAUAGGCAGGAAGAUCCAAGCCGGCGAUCCGCUGUACUGUUUCUAUAGCUCGGAUACUUCCAACUACGUCACGAAAAAAUUCGGCGGCAAGGAGGAGUGCUUCGUGCACAGCGUUAGGUUGUGUGGGGAUUUUGGCGUAAAAGCGCCGAAAACCGCAUGCAUAACCUUCAGGAUUCAAAGGAACGCGAGUGUGGGCGAUAAAUUCGCCAGUAGGGCCGGACAGAAAGGUAUAUGUUCGCAAAAAUGGCCCGCCGAGGAUUUACCCUUCACAGAAACAGGGUUGGUUCCCGAUAUCGUAUUUAAUCCCCACGGUUUCCCCUCGAGAAUGACAAUCGCCAUGAUGAUUGAAAUCAUGGCCGGUAAAUCGGCGGCUCUGCACGGCUUAGUCCACGACGCCACGCCUUUCAAAUUCAACGAAGAUGACACCGCGAUCGAUUACUUCGGGCGCCUUUUGGAAGCGGGUGGCUACAAUUACUAUGGUACCGAAACCAUGUACUCUGGAAUCGAUGGGAGGGAAAUGAAGGCCGAAAUAUUUUUCGGUGUGGUCCACUACCAACGGUUAAGACACAUGGUGUCCGAUAAAUGGCAGGUUAGAUCCACAGGGCCCAUAGACGUUCUAACAAGGCAGCCCCUGAAAGGUAGAAAGCGCGGUGGUGGGGUGAGAUUCGGGGAAAUGGAAAGAGACUCCCUCAUAAGUCAUGGGGCGUCAUUUUUACUCCAAGACAGGCUUUUACAUUGCUCUGACAGAACUACGGCCAAUAUUUGCACAGCGUGCGGGUCUUUACUGGGCCCCAUCACCAUGGUGACGAGAAAAGACAACAAACCGCACUUGUCGGAAACAAAAGAUAGCUGCAGUUUGUGCGGCACCAACGAAAACAUUUCCGAAAUUCAAAUCCCCUAUAUUUUUAAGUUUUUCGUCACGCAAAUGGCGUCCUGUAAUAUUAAUGUUAAGAUAGAAUGCGAAAAAGUUUAA